AUGCUGGGCAUUCAUCGUAUCAGAACGACGCCGUAUCAUCCUCAAUCGAAUGGUCUGGUGGAACGGUGGCACCGCACACUCAAGGCGGCUCUCAUGUGCAAUAAUGAGACACCUUGGUCGGACAUGCUACCGUCAGUUCUACUAGGACUCCGAACCGCAUACAAACCAGAUCUGAAAGCAUCUUCUGCUGAAAUGCUUUUCGGGACUACACUGCGUAUACCCGGUGAUUUCUUUGAUACAGCAAGCACACCAGGUGAUCCACAAACAUUCGUGAGGAAAUACAGGCAAAUCAUCCAAGCAAUCAGGCCAACACCAACAGAUCAUCACACCAAACACAAGCUGUUCCUACUCAAAAACCUUGACACGUGCACCCACGUCUUCAAGAGGGUAGACUCCAUCAAGAAGCCUCUGCAACAACCAUACACUGGCCCGUGUAGACGACAAAACCUACAUCAUCAGGAUCAAUGGGGCAGACAAAACAGUCUCAAUCGACAUGCUGAAGCCAGCAUACAUUGA